AUGAUGGUGCCAUGUGACGCGGAGUACCCUGCCUUCAUCUCUGAGCACACCAUCAGAGAGACCACGGGAAACAUCGACUGUGAGUGCUGUGCCAGAUCUUUUGUAAUUCAACAAAUUCCCAGCAGUAACCUCUUCAUGGUUGUCGUGGACAACAAGUGUGACUGCAGCUCUGCCCCCCUGGUUUCCAUGGAUCCCAUCGAGAUUAUGUACAAUGAGUCUCUGAAAUGUGAUAGGCUGAAGUUUCAGAAGGACAGAAAGCGGCCAGAAUCGCGUCGUCCUUUCCAUCCCGAGGAGAAUGCCAUGGAGUGUGGAGGAGCAGCAGGCCUCUCUGCCCCCCUCACAGCAGCACUGCUCCCCCUACUGGCCAAUCUCAUUAGCAGGUGA